AUGUCGGUGGCCCGAGAGCCAAAGCCCAAGCUCAAGCCGAAGCCCGUCAUCGAGCGUGAUUCGAAGCCUAUAAAGGACGCGAAGUUCCAGCCUGCAUCCAUGAAGCCCUGGGCACCUCACAAUCUCUGCUUGCGAUACCCCGGGCCCAAAAUCCAAACCACGAAAGACCUCGAAGCCUGCCCUCCAGCCUUCAAGGUUGGUGGAAAGGAUGCCAAGCUCGAACCACAGCCCGGAAAGGGUGUCAAAAAGGGAUGGCAAGACUGACUCUGAGCCUGGAAAUAACUGCGAAGCGAAACAGCCACGGCCUGGAGAGGACUAGAAGCUGACCGAGAUAGUCUGGAUGGUCAAGGCUGGUGUUCAUACGAAGAGAAGAAACAGCAGAUUGGAGAGGGAGGGGAGGUUGACUUGGGCCUGGAAAUCGACGUCUCCGCUCCUUUGAACCCGGAG